UUUGCGAACUGAUUUCAACCAAAGAAGAGCAGGAAAAUUUCUUGGACAUCUGCAAUUUGAUUUCCAAAAAUGGAGUUUGGGGAUUCGGAGGAGGUUCUCAGGGCCUUGGAUGAUUGCUUAUCUCGCAUCAAAUGGCGCUUGAGGUCUUCCGCCAAGCGCCGUCUGGAGAUAGAUAUCUUGUCUUUGCUCACUGGAUUGAGGCCUGUGGUGAUGGUGGAUUAUGGUGGGAAGAUGCCGGAGCUAGGAGAACAUCUCUGUGCACUGUUACAUUUAGCUCGCAAGGAGACGACCAUUUUCCUCCAACUAAAGAUCAUGGUCAUAGAAGACAUGAUAUAUAUAAUACAUGUUAAAGGACUUGCCGAACAUACCUCGUUAAGUCUAAACUUUCAGCCACAGCUUUUCUUUGUAGACCUUGAACAAGAUCCUCCCAAGAUGAUAUUGCAUUCUGAGCAAAAUGCAGCUACAUUAGAACUUGUAGCGAUUCAGAAGAAAUUUGCUUCACUAUUACCCUCUAAUGAAGACAAUGCAGGACCUUCACUUCCAAACGCUCCUAUUUCUACACCAAAGGUCAAAUCUUCAGAUUGUGAUCCUCACGGUUACACAAAUGCUGGUGAGAGCUUUGGUUUUGAAUCCUCUGAGCCUAUUGAUCUGAGUGACAUUGUGAAAGAUACUAAGAUCACCCUACCGACACUGAAUGGAUGGCUUCUUGGUUAUCCUGUUGUAUACUUGUUCAGCAAAGACCAUGUCGCUGAUGCUGUGUACAAUCUCUCUACAAAGUAUCUUCACAUUUACAAGAUUCUAGUCCGCAGAAAAGAAGCAUCUGGCAGAAAAUCUUCCGAGGAAGAAUUAAUGAGUUUCACCGUGCCGUACGAACUGAGUCAGAGAGCGGAUAAAGAGCCAUGGGCGGAAAUGUUUCUCACCUGCAUAUCAGCAAAGCUCGAGAGUUGCAGGCGAGUAUGGAUGCACCUGAGGAUGGAGGUUAGUGAAUGUUAUCCACAAGCCAUUGUGUUAUAGAGAGUAUUUCUUUUCGAUGAAUAAUUUCUUCAUUCUGGCUAAACUUUUAAUGACCAUUGCAAAAGUUUUAUUACAAUCA